ACUGCAAUUCAAGAUUUCAAAUUUUGAACCAAAAGUUAAAUAUCUUAAAUAAUCAAGAGUCUGAGGAUCACGAGAGUAUAAUCGGUAAGCAAACUGCAUUAUUUAAAGAUAGAUUAGAAAAUCCUACCCGUUUUUUAAAUGUUUUUUUGUAAAAUCUCUUAAAAAUAUUUUUUAAAUGCAGGUCUGGGUUAAUUCUGAGAUCGGGCUUUGCUUGCGAUGGAAUAAUGCAUAAUUUUCCGUUUGUUACGUUGUCCGUACAGUUGUUUUCAUUUAGAAUACAAAGUUUCUAAGAAAUAAAUUGUAAAAAUUAGCGUUUACGAGCUAACCAUUCAAAUUAUGGCAGUCACGCAUUUCCGUAAAGCAGUCGGGUAUUAAUGAUGCGUCGCUGGUGUUUCUAGUUAUUUUGUUAGUCCAUGCAUUUGACGCAUACCACGUGACGCGUUGUCACUGCCGGCGCGGCGUGGCCGGUCUUUAAGGAAGGGGGAGAGAAGGGGGUCCCGGCGGCGGCGGCGUUGCCGUUUGCCCAUCACGUCAGUCAGCCGCGGUUCGCGGCGCGUACUGGCAACAUUGGGUAUUUGCUACGGCCAUCCAUCGUCGUCGUCGUCAUCCUUGUCGUCGUCGUUGUCGUCGUCGUCGUCGUCGUCGUCACGGCGCGGUGUUUGCGACGUUCGUGCGGUGCCAAACACACCCAAUGUUUGUGUUUUCGUGUCUCUCGUGAUAAUAAAAAUUGCUGGCAGGACGCGCGUGCGGCAACGAACGCGCCGCCCUGGUAUGUAGCUAUCGUCGCCACCACCACCUCCGCCGCCACCGGUCUACGUCGUCGGCGUCGCACCAUCCGGCCCUCGAGAUGUGGACGACGACGAAAACCACCAAGUACGGCGUCGCUGUGUACAACUGGCCGGGGGACAUGCGUUAUGGAUUACCUCUGGAAAUCGGAGAAACUGUACAGAUCCUGGAGGAGUGCGCGGGGUGGUAUAGAGGCUUCUCGACGAAGAAUCGCGCGGUGAAGGGAAUCUUUCCGAGUUCCUACGUGCAUCUGAAGCCCUGUAAAAUCGACAAUGAAGGUCUCUUCGAGUCCGUUAUACCACUAGAAGAUCCGGUGGUUCGGGAAGUCACUCUGGUCCUGCGGGAAUGGGGCAGCAUUUGGAAAAGGUUGUACGUGGAGCGCGAGGAGUACAAAUUCAACGCGUUGCGUAAAGUGAUGCGGGAGCUAUUGGAAUGGCGGCGGCAACUUUUGGCUGGCACCCUCACCACUGAUCAGACGCGAGAGAUGAAGUUACGGAUAAUCAAUAAAGUGGACUGGGGGAAUCGGAAGCUUGGCUUGGACUUGGUGCCACGUCAAGGUGCUCAUAUGGUGGAGCCGGAUACUAUGUCUGUUGUAGAAUUAUAUCAUGUGCAUGUUCAGAGUGCCGAGAACUCACAGGGCGCAUCCGCCCGUGGCACUUUGCGUCGCAAGGAGCACAGGAAAGUCCUCACUCAUCACUUGUACUUCUGCAUGAGAGAUUUCGGGCAUUCAGUCGGUGAGGACACCGAGAUCUACUUUUCUCUGUUUGAUGCUAAGCGUCUCCAAUACCUGAGCGAGCGCUUUCUGGUACGCAUCAGCAAAGAGGGUUUCUCCAAUUAUGUGGAGAAGAUGCACAGCAACUGCACCAUCUUUACGGAUCUAGGCAACUCCGACUUAAGUCGCGAUCUCUAUAUGAUCGCUCAUGUGAUGCGCUGCGGCCGAAUGUUAUACUCUGAUUCCAGCAAGAAUAAGACCGGAACUACGACUUACAGGCGACCCCACGGAGUGGCGGUUCUUUCCCUGGCGGAAGCCACCCAAGAUCACACGGAAGAACUUGAGAUGACUUUCAAAGUAUAUCAGGGAGAAGAGAAAGAGUUUCACCAACUCCACGAACAAAUCAUACGUAACAACAAAUGUUCUCCUUUACCGGGACAGCCCAAUUAUGGGAUAGUUGUGUCUCUUCGUAUGCUACACGGCGAACUCUCUCAAGUGCGGGAGGAGAAUCCAUUGCUGUUCAAAAAUAUCUGUCUCACGAAGAAGCUCGGUUUCUCGGACGUCAUUAUGCCGGGCGAUGUGCGUAACGAUCUGUAUCUGAAGCUAGAACGAGGUGAAUUUGAACGCGGUGGAAAAUCUACCGGCAAAAAUAUCGAGGUGACAAUUCUGGUCCUAGACGCGGACGGCCAAUCCUUGGAAGAGUGUCUGUUUGGAGCCGCAGGGGCGGAUGGUAGCUCCGAGUAUCAGAGUUUGGUCAUAUACCAUCACAACAGCCCGUCGUGGGCGGAAACUGUGAGACUGGCGAUACCCAUCGACAAGUUUUACGGGAGCCAUGUGCGUUUCGAGUUUCGGCAUUGCUCUACACGCGAGAAGAACGACAAGAAACUUUUCGCCUUUGCGUUCGUACGACUGAUGGAACCUGGAGGAGCUACUCUUCAGGAUGGCCCGCAUGAGUUAUAUAUUUAUAAAUGUGAAGAGCGCGCGAAAUUGGAUUCUUUAAGUUAUUUAUCGUUGCCGAGUAGUACGAGAGAGCCUUGCGCUUCAGGUCCACCAGCUUUCUCUAGAUCGCCAAAAGAGACUGUAUUCGUACAUACUCUACUUUGCAGUACCAAGUUAACGCAGAAUGUCGAUCUACUCAGUUUGCUGCAAUGGAAAGCUCAUCCUGAGCGAAUAUCCGAGGCUCUUGGCCGUGUUCUUCGACUAGAUGGCGAAGAACUAGUCAAAUUUCUGCAGGACAUCCUCGACGCGCUCUUUGCUAUGUUUCAUACCGAGGACGGUAAUUCCACGGCGCAUUCUGGCUUGGUGUUCCAAGUACUUGUAUCUAUCUUUAGCUUGUUGGAGGAUUCUAAGUUCGAACAUUUCAAGCCAGUGAUGGACGCUUAUAUCUCGGAUCAUUUUGCCGCGGCUUUAGUGUACAAAGGCCUUCUUAGCAGCGUGCAACAUUGCGCCGAUUGGGUGACCGCCGCGGAGAAGCAAGAACCGAUCAUGAAGUGCUUCCGAUCUCUCGAAUAUAUUUUCAAGUUUAUUAUCCAAAGCCGCCUAUUAUUUGCUCGUGCGACUGCCGGUCAGUAUGAAGAUAGCUUCAAGCGCGACUUAUAUUGCGUAUUUGCAGCUCUCAACAAGAUGUUAAGUAUUCCUCAUGAAAUGGUGCUGUUGUCACAAAUUGCGCUACUGUUAUCAAUCGCGGCGGUGUUCGAGCAACUAGUAGCGGUGCUGCCAGUCCUCGAAGUUGCCAAACUCACCUGUACAAUGCUAGACUCGAUACCGCGGGAGCCACCAUUACAGCUCACUCAGGCCAAGCUGGUUGCCAUUAAAAAUCUCACCGCGUCUAGUCUAUUUCGUAAAGAUGAUGAAAGUCGAAACAUGUUGCUCGUUACCAUAUGUCGACAUUUACGCAUCCAUCUGGCACGUAGAGAAGAAUUACGAUCCUGCACCGAUAUUUUGGGCGAGAUACUCAGUUUCUUGCAUAAACGAGGCAGAGAUACGAACAAGGUCAACAAUUGCAUACAUCACGAUGUUGAAACGCUUUGUCUAUCAGUACUCGAUGUGCUCAUACAAACGAUUUUGAUCGUGAUAAAUGCCAACGGACCAGUUCUUGGGUGUCUCGUUGCCUGUCUUAUCGGACUGCUUCAGCUACUCGAUGAGUAUCAUUACGCGCGACUCUGGGAAGAAUUGACGUACGCUGGCGAUCGGAAGCCUCUUAAAGAUUUUCUGCUACGGGUAUUCCUGGUGUUGCGAGAUCUCGUGCGCCAGGAGGUAUUUCCGCCGGAUUGGCUGGUCAUCAGGAUGCAGGCCAAUAACGUUAUUCUACAUUCGCUGCAGGAACUCGCGCAGCCGCUCGCUUUCCGCUUCCUCCAUGGUAGUUUUGAUUCGCAGCUCUGGUCUACGUACUUCAAUCUUGCAGUGGCUUACCUCACCCAGCCGUCGCUCCAACUUGAACAAUUUUCCGAGGUUAAGCGAGAGAAGAUUGUAGAAAAAUACGGAGAUAUGAGGGUACUCAUGGGCUUCCAGAUACUAUCUAUGUGGUCGCACCUGGGUGAGCGUAAGCUCGAGUUUAUACCGGGUAUGGUAGGACCUUUCCUUGAAGUCACUUUGGUGCCGGAGAGCGAACUUCGCAAGGCAACUCUGCAUAUCUUUUUCGAUAUGAUGGAGUGCGAGCAGCGAGCUCGCGGGAGCUUCAAGUCCGUGGAAUCCGAGCUGAUCGAUAAACUUGACAUUCUUAUCAGCGAAAAUAAGGGCGAUGAUGAGUACAGACAGUUAUUUAACACUAUGGAACACCUUAGUGCUGUAUUAUUAGACAGAGUGCAGUCCGAGGAUCCAACUUGGAAAGAUAGCGGCACGGCCUUUAUAACGUCUGUCACGCGUUUAUUGGAAAGACUUCUCGAUUACAGAAGUGUUAUUCAGGGUGACGAGAAUCGCGACAAGCGCAUGUCAUGCACUGUGAAUUUAUUGAACUUCUACAAGAAUGAGUUCAAUCGAAAGGAGAUGUAUUUGCGCUACAUUUACAAGCUGCACGAUUUACAUUUGGCCGCCGAGAAUUAUACGGAAGCUGGUUUUACAAUGAAACUAUAUGCCGAUCAACUGGGCUGGGGUUCGACCAUCCUGCCAUCCGAUCACGCUCAUCCCCAACAACCAGAAUGGCAACGCAAAGAAUUACUGUAUCAUAAAAUAAUUCAUUAUCUUGAUCGUGGCAAGUGCUGGGAAAAGGGUAUACCUUUGUGUAAGGAACUGGCGGUCCUAUACGAGAGUAGACUGUACGACUACGCCAAGCUUAGUCACGUGUUGAAGCUCCAAGCUAAGUUCCUGGAUAACAUCCUGACGCAACUGCGCCCAGAACCAGAGUACUUCCGCGUUGGAUUUUAUGGUCUCAGCUUCCCACUUUUUGUUAGAAACAAGUUGUUUAUUUAUCGUGGUCUGGAGUACGAACGAAUAGGCGCGUUCACACAGCGACUGCAAACCGAGUUUCCUUGUGCACAAAUUUUAAUGAAGAAUUCUCCGCCGGACGAGAGCAUUCUUACAUCUGAGGGUCAAUAUAUUCAAAUUUGCAAUGUAAAGCCAAUUCCCGAGGAGAGCAGUCUGGCUUGCAACGGUGUCGAAGUUCCGGAACGUAUAGUCGCCUUUUAUUUGGUGAAUGAUGUUCGCAAGUUCACGUUCGAUCGGCCGUUGCAUCGUGGUCCAGUGGACCGUGAAAACGAGUUCAAAUCAUUAUGGAUCGAAAGGACGAUGUUGACGACGGAAGCUAAGCUGCCAGGGAUACUCAGAUGGUUCGAGGUGAUCGAAAAACGAUCGGAGUUGUUAGCACCGGUACAGUACGCCUGCGAGACUAUGCAAAGCGUAGAGAGAGAGCUGAGGCGGCUGGUGGCACAGUAUACUGCAGAGCCACACAGAAAUAUCAAUCCAUUUAGCAUGCGGCUUCAGGGUAUCAUUGACGCUAACGUAAUGGGCGGCAUUACCAAAUAUCAGGAAGCCUUUCUCACGCCAGAGUUUGCCCGACAAAAUCCCGAAAUGGUGCCGCAUGUUAAUCGAUUAAAGGGAUUAAUACUGGAUCAGAUGAGUGUGCUAGAAUCUGGUUUGGUGUUGCACGGUCAGAUUGCGCCAGCCGGGGUUCAACCGUUGCACAAGAGGCUGAUCGAGAGAUUUACACAGCUCAAGCAAGGCCUCGGCCCAUUGGCCAGACAGAGAAUCAUUCAUCAAGACAGUAUCGUGAAUUCGCCUUUACCACCCUUGCCGGUCAACGACAAGCAGCGUCCAGCCACUCUGGAAACUGCCGGUUCUAGAUCGUCGCACGCCGAUAGUGAUGGCCUUCCCGAAGACGAAGGCUUCUACACAAAAGUUGACGGUAUACCUCCGCCUAUUCCACAGCGAGAAGUACGGCCGCGUUCUGUCGGUUAUGGUUCAACCCCCCCUAGGCCAACGCAUCAGAGAUCUCUCAGUAAGCCGCUGAGUCCAAAACUGCCAUUAAGGCAUUCAUUGCCUACGCCUACCGAUCAAAAUGUGGACCAAAGUGGCCUCAGGAGCUCGUGGAGCGAACCCGGACCUGAGCCCGCUCCACCGUUACCUCCCAGGGGUUGCAUGCCAGACAAGAGGGAUUCAAACACGAAUUCAGUACCACCGGCGCCACCAAAACGCGGUUUAACACAUAAACGCACAAAUACAGAGUGGAGCACCGAUGACGAUUCCGAAAUCAUGGAACCGAGAAAUGAGCCAAAUGACCUGCGUGACAGCGGCAUCUCCACGGCUAGUCUGUUAGACUUUCAAUCACAUCUGACGAAUUUAAAUAAUUUAGGUUAUGAGGACUUUGAGCCGCGCUCCCGAUGCAACGAUAUCAUGAACAUCUCAUCACCAUCUGUGAUAAGCGCGCUCAAUGUUUCCACUGGCAGCUUCGCCAGCGGCACAUUCCAGGGCUCGCAUUCUCUCCCUAAUCAAGAGGUAAGUCCUCCACCGAUCCCUCCUAAGGCACAUCAGGACACUCCGUCAGCUCCUUCGACUUUGGAGAGAGUAUCCAACAGAACGCCAAGUCACGGCCACUCGGAGAAUUAUUCUGUGCCGAAGAUGCAGACGCUCUCCGUGGCAUCCGACACGGAAAGCACUGUGUAGUGACACUAUCUCCCCUAGUCUCUAGCGGUUAGUAUUUAGUGAUGUGUAUGUGCCAUUAUGGUCAGGCGCGAAUCCUGUACUCGAUUUGCCCCUCGAGUCGUCGAGUGGAUUUUCUUAGACAGUAACUUAAGAUAAGCAUAAGAAUAUCAUCGUUGUCAUCGUUGUCGUCGUCGUUGUCGUGUCUAACGAAUGAAACAUGGAGAGACAGAUGUGGACCUGUCAUCAUUGAGAUUUCUAAUAUUUGCACAUAAAUUCCAUACAUAGCUGAUAGCGAAUUGUAAGCCGAAUCAAAUCGUAAGCAACCCGAAAUCACAUCGAACGUAAUAAACGGAUCGUAUUUAAUUCGCGUAUAUACGUACCUUCGUAGAGAAAUGAAGACGAAAGGUGAAAAAAAUGUGUAAUACUCGCCCUUGAACACCGAAAACGUCCAACAAGAAGUUUCUCGAUAGAUUGAAUUCAUCUGGACGUGAUCGGCGAUCGAACCGCGGUAUAUAUAUUAUAUAUAUGCAUACAUAUAUAUAUAUAUAGACUUCAAAUUGCUCUUCCGAAUAUAUCGAUCUAUACCACACUGACACUAUAUAUUUUGUAAUUUAUUUAUAUUUUCGACGAGAAAAUAAAGGUAAUUUUUAAAUCAACAACAUUGCUGCAGAUUGUGUGAAAUGAUAUUGUCAAUUUACGGUGGCAGGUAUGGUUAGAAGAAAAAUUAAAAAAAAACGAACCCUGUUCCAAGAUACGGAGGAAUAUAUAAAUUAUGUAUUUUGUCACAUGUUCUUUUUUCUCUUCGUCUAGUAUGAGUGUAUAUACAAAAAGUAUGAAAAACCACGCUGCAUGAUUGUACGCUUCAACUUAUGCUAUUUUUUCUUCUUCAUGGCAUAAAAUAAAAAAAACGUUGUAAACUUCUA